AUGAUUAGUAGUAGAUCAAGUAUAUUAUUUUCGACGACCGUACUAUUUAUUUUAUCAUUUUUGUCAUGGAGUGGUCUGGCAAUUCAAUACGACACACCAACAACCAUCAGCAAUCCACUUUCGGUCAGUGAUGUAUUGAUUCUCAAUAAUACAUCAAUAAAGUUCCAGACUACCGAUAUCACCAUUGCACCAAGCGUCAGCUUGGUCAUCAUUGGUCAAUGCUCCAUCGUUUCAGAUGUACCAUUAACAUUGAAAUUCUAUUCAUUAAACACCACCAGUUCAUCAUUAUCCUCAUUAUCUUUGGAUAAUUUUGGAUUAAUAUUUACAAAUGAAUCAUCUGUUGAAGAAUUGACAUUUGAUAUGAAAACACGUAGUGUUAUCAAAUUUUUAAAGGAUACUACAAUCACUUAUAAUAGAGUACCAAGUAACACGGUUAUUUUCAAUGGUGGUGAUGUUUACAUUUCAAACACUACCACUCUUAGAUUGAGUUCAAGCAGCGUUCCAACUUUCAAUAUCACAUCGACUCUUCACAACCAAUAUAGAUUUAUUUCCACACCAAUUUUACGUCUCUAUCCAAGCAGAGUAAUCAGCUCACUAGGUUCACUCUUCUUUUUCAAUGAGAUCUACUCACUCAACACUGCUGCAGAGGAUAUGGAGAUCAAUGAUUCUCUCGUCUAUUUCAAGCGUAUCAAUUUGGCCGGUGGCAGACUCCUGUUGAAUCGUUCCACUUGGAGUAUGCAAACACAGCCAUCUUCGAUCACCUCAUACGUCGAGAACACCCGUGUUGUCCUGGGUGUCAAUGUAACUCUCAACUACUAUCGUAAUUCCACCGAGUAUCCACAGGGUUUAAUUCACCUUACUACCGGUGGAUACGUCGAUGUCCAAUCGCCAUCGACCUUGACGAUUCUCUUCAAUUUGAAUCUUCAACUCUACUUGUUGACCACCACUCAAUCGCAGCUGAUAUUCUCAGAGAACGGUGGAAUCAAUUGUAAUGGCGCUGCCAAUUCGAGAUUACACGGUAAUAGAAUAAGCAAUGCACCGAUCGUUGCAAUCCAACCACUUAACAACCUAGUCAAUUUGGGUUCCAUUGACGCCAUCUUGGUAUGCUCAGCACAAGGUGUUUCCUCACGUAUUUUCAAUAAAAUUGGUGACGGAUUCUACACUUCACCACCCUGUCCCAACGGUCAAAUUCGUUGUAUUGGAGGUGCGGUCGGUAACACUUGUUAUAAUGUAACAGACAACCCUUGCUCCACUGCUUGUUUCACAACCGGACCAAACACUGCCAUCCCUAUCAACUUUGCAUCCGAAACAUUCGAAUACAAGAAAUCCAGCGCUCAACAACUGCAAUCUGGCCAAAGACAACUUAUGUCUGACUCACUCACUGCUCCAAAGACAAACUUUACCUGUUGGAAUGGUGAGUGUGUUCCAGAAGCAUCGUUGUGUCCACCAUUUGUAGCUUGUCCACCAUCGUUACCAAAGAGAUGUCCGGGCUACUGUGUGGAAGCAAAUGCUGAGUGCGCUAGUUGCAACUCAACACAUUCAUUUGCAUGUGAAACAGGAUGUAGUAAUAUCGACAUAUGUGGUCCAUACGACGGUUGUGCACUCAACGAGACUAUGUGUCCAAACAUGGCGUGUGUCAAGGAUCCAAAAGAUUGUCAAAAGUACGUUAUCAACAACGAUCCAAACCAAGUGUUGGAGUUGAGCUACAAGUUUAUUCCAUCGACAUCCGAUCUCUAUCCAAAGGGUUCCUCUUACAUUCCUCUGUGGACACGUAAUAUCACCGACGAUGCUAACAUCGAUACAUCGACUCACGUUGUUAUUGGAAACAACAGUAUCGAUUCCAACCAAGUCACUUCUUCGGUAAUUCCAUAUGCCGACUCUCUCGCCAGAAAUAUCUCGGGUGCUGCCAUCGGUGGUGAAAACUUUGACUACUACAAACACGUACUCUCCGGUGUCUUCAAUAUCAAGAUCGACGGAAGACAGCAAUCGCAAUUCAACAAUGGAACCGUCAAUAUCAUCUUUGGAAAUCUCAGAAACAAUGUGAAUGCCUCAGAUUUGUGUUUGGCAUUUAUCAAUGACGACGGUGCCUGGGAAUGCACAGAGUUCCCAGUUGUUCAACUUGACAAUGGUGGAGUAUUGGCUCAAACCAACCAUUUCACAUCGUUUGCACUUCUCCUCAAGACUCAGAAAGACUCUAGCGACAACAGCGAUGGAAUCAGUCAGAAGAAGAUGAUUAUCAUUGUCAGUGUGGUCGUCGGUGGAAUUAUCAUCGGUGCCAUCGCUGUCGGUAUGUUUAUCAGAUUCAAGUUGAAACACAGAAGUUUCCGUAGAUGGAGUGUCCAUCGUUCCGAUCCAAACAUGUCAAACAAUCAUCGUUUCAGACUAAAGAGUUUUGGAGAACAAAGUAUGGAGAAGUUGGCGACGGUCCCAUCACUCGCUUCCAAUUUCCAGUAUGCAACUUGUAAACUUCAUCAAGUCGGAAAUAGUGGAGUGCAUGGUGAUAUUUUAAUUGUUAAUACUUCAUCGACUGAUAUAACUUUAUUUUUUGACGUUAAAGGUUUACAUGGUAUUCAUGGAGUAGUUUUUAGAGAACUAGGAGAUAUUUCUAAUCCAUCUCUAAGUGGAGGUGUAUUUGGAGCGUUUGGACCAAUUUAUGAUUGUCAAACUACACCCGGUUCCAUUGGAAAUUUAUAUGCCGAUAGACUGGGUAAUGCCCAAACACACAUUACCUCCAGCAAAAACACUAUUUUUGCGCUGUCCUCUGGAUCAAUGGUUGGUAGAACCAUUUCAAUCUAUAAUCAUAUAGAAAGAUGUGGUAUCAAUACAUCUCAAAGAGAUAUUAUUGCAGAGUGUGUUGUUGGUAUCGGUAAUCCUAAGUAUCAACAUCCAAAUCACCCGGCUCACUUGUUUUUGGAUCCAAAUGGACAAAAUCUUGCUGGAUUUUUGGGACCAAAUCCAUCGUUCCCAAAGCAAGCCGUUUGUGUUUUAAAGCAUACAAGCCAAAGCAACCGUCCAAUGAACGGUUUUGUAUACUUUAGCUCAAACUCAAGAGGAUCUCUGCUUAUUACAGCAAAGGUCUCUGGUUUAGAUCCAAAUCUUGCCUACGGUAUGCACAUUCACAAAUAUGGUGACAUCACCUCACACGACGGUUCUUCAGCCGGUCCACAUUGGUCACUUCCAUUCCAAAUUCAUGACUUGCCACCCAAUAGAAACCGUCAUGCCGGUGACCUCGGAAACAUUUGUGUUCACCACAGAGAUGGAUACUCCUACUAUAAAUAUCGUACCUCACAUGCUGGCACUUUUGACCACUUUGAGAAUAUGAUUGGUCGUAGUAUUGUUAUUUCCUCCAAACAAGACAUGGGACAAGGACAAAUUGAUUUCGGCCACGCCAUUGCUCACUGUGUUAUUGGUAUUUCUGGUAAUCAUCAACCAUUCUUUAUUCCAGAAGAAAUUGAGUUCCAAAACUAUCCAGAUUGUCUAGGUGGUCCAUGUAAGACUGGUGACCAUACUUCAGGUGGGUCAUCUGGAAGCUGGACAUCCGGUGGAGGUUCAUCCGGUGGAGGUUCAUCUGGUAGCUGGUCAUCUGGUGGAAGUUCAUCUGGAAGCUGGACAUCCGGUGGAGGUUCAUCCGGUGGAGGUUCAUCCGGUGGAGGUUCAUCAGGUAGCUGGUCUUCUGGUGGAAGUUCAUCUGGAAGCUGGUCAUCCGGCGGAAGUUCAUCUGGUAGCUGGUCAUCGGGUGGAAGUUCAUCGGGUGGAAGUUCCUCUGGUGGAGGAUCUUCGUCUGGAAGCUGGACUUCAUCCUCUGGUGGAGGUUCAUCAGGCGGAGGUUCAUCAGGAAGCUGGACAUCUGGCGGCGGAAGCUCGUCAGGUGGAGGUUCAUCCGGAAGCUGGACUUCAUCAUCAGGUUCCUCUGGAGCUUGCUACUAUAACCAUUGCCCACCACACACAUAUUGCGUCGAUUUAGAAGGUCUUGCCCAUUGUUUCCCAGUACCACCACCAUCUGGUGGAUCUUCAUCUGGAGUUUGGACAUCAGGAGGUAGCUCAUCUGGUGAAGGUUCAUCAUCUGGAAGCUGGACUUCUGGAGAAGGUAGUUCAUCCGGAGGAUCAUCAUCUGGAGUUUGGACUUCUGGAGGUAGCUCAUCCGGUGAAGGUUCAUCAUCAGGAAGUUGGACUUCUGGAGAAGGUAGUUCAUCAGGAGGAUCAUCUGGAAGCUGGACUGGAGAAGGUAGUUCAUCCGGUGGAUCAUCAUCCGGAAGCUGGACAUCUGGAGAAGGUAGCUCAUCUGGUGGAUCAUCAUCAGGAAGUUGGACUUCUGGAGAAGGUAGCUCAUCCGGCGGUGGAUCAUCAGGUAGUUGGACAUCAGGAGAAGGUAGUUCAUCAGGAGGAUCAUCUGGAAGCUGGACUUCUGGAGAAGGUAGUUCAUCCGGUGGUAGUUCAUCAUCCGGAAGCUGGACAUCUGGUGGUAGUUCAUCAGGAGGAUCAUCUGGAAGCUGGACAUCAGGAGAAGGUAGCUCAUCUGGUGGAUCAUCUGGAGGCUGGACAUCUGGAGAAGGUAGUUCGUCUGGUGGAUCAUCAUCUGGAAGUUGGACAUCUGGUGGUAGUUCAGGAGGAUCAUCUGGAAGCUGGACUUCUGGUGGUAGCUCAUCUGGUGGAUCAUCUGGAAGCUGGACUGGAGAAGGUAGUUCAUCUGGUGGAUCAUCAUCUGGAAGCUGGACUUCUGGAGAAGGUAGUUCAUCUGGAUCAUCUGGAAGCUGGACUUCUGGUGGUAGCUCAUCCGGUGAAUCAUCAUCUGGAAGCUGGACUUCUGGAGAAGGUGGUCAUACUGGUGGACAAACCAGUGGUCAAACCGGUGGUCAAACUGGUGGACAAACUGGUGGUCAAACCGGUGGUCAAACCGGUGGUCAAACUGGAGGUCAUACUGGAGGACAAACCGGUGGUCAAACUGGAGGUCAUACUGGAGGACAAACCGGAGGUCAAACCGGAGGACAAACUGGUGGUCAAACUGGUGGUCAAACUGGUGGUCAAACUGGUGGUCAAACUGGAGGUCAAACUGGAGGUCAAACUGGUGGUCAAACUGGUGGUCAAACUGGUGGUCAAACUGGUGGUCAAACUGGAGGUCAAACCGGUGGUCAAACCGGUGGUCAAACUGGAGGACAAACUGGUGCUGCUUCAACUACCCACACUACAACUGCAUCAACUACAGCCUCGACCACAGCCUCGACUACUCAGACAGGAACUAGCUCAACAACUGCCUCUACUACUGCUUCAACUACCCACACUACAACUGCAUCAGUAACCGGUACAACCACUGCAUCAACCACUGCAUCAACUACAAAGACAGGAACUAGCUCAACAACUGCCUCUACUACUGCCUCAACUACCCACACUACAACUGCAUCAGUAACCGGUACAACCACUGCAUCAACCACUGCAUCAACUACAAAGACAGGAACAAGUUCCACUACCGCCUCUACAACUGCAACAACCACAGCGUCAACAACUGCUUCCACUACUGCUUCAACUUCAGGUGCAUCAGGUGGUCAGUCUACAACCGCUUCAACAACUGCCUCAACUACAAACACACUAACUGGUACAACUACUGCCUCUACAACUGCAUCGACAACUGCAACAACCACUGCAUCAACUACCUACACAACUACCGCCACUUCAACUGCUACCACAACCAACUCAAUUACAUUAGGUGGUGCAUCAACAAGAGGUGCUUCAAGUGGUGCCACUGGUGGUGCUUCAGGUUCAAGUGGAGCCGGUACCGGUGGAGCUUCCGCCGGUGCUACUGGUGGAGCUUCUGCUGGUGCUACUGGUGGAGCUUCUGCUGGUGCUACUGGUGGAGCUUCUGCCGGUGCCUCAGGUGGAGCCUCAGGUGGAGCCUCAGGUGGAGCCUCAGGUGGAGCCUCAGGUGGAGCCUCAGGUGGAGCCUCAGGUGGAGCCUCAGGUGGAGCCUCAGGUGGAGCUUCAGGUGGAGCUUCAGGUGGUGUAUCUGGUUCAAGUGGAGCUGGUACCGGUGGUGCCUCUGCCAGUGCCUCAGGUGGAGCUUCAGGUGGUGUAUCUGGUUCAAGUGGUGCUGGUACCGGUGGUGCUUCUGCCGGUGCCACUGGUGGUGCUUCUGCCGGUGCUUCUGCCGGUGCUUCUGCCGGUGCUUCUGCCGGUGCUUCUGCUGGUGCUUCUGCCGGUGCUUCUGCUGGUGCUUCUGCUGGUGCUUCUGCCGGUGCAACUGGCGGAGCUUCAGGUGGUGUAUCUGGUUCAAGUGGUGCUGGUACCGGUGGUGCUUCUGCCGGUGCAACUGGUGGAGCUUCUGCCGGUGCAACUGGUGGAGCUUCUGCCGGUGCUUCAGCUGGUGCCUCUGCCGGUGCUACUAGUGGAGCUUCUGCCGGUGCUUCUGCCGGUGCUACUGGUGGAGCUUCUGCCGGUGCAACUGGUGGAGCUUCUGCCGGAGCUUCUGCUGGUGCCUCUGCUGGUGCCUCUGCUGGUGCUACUGGUGGUGCUACUGGUGGUGCUUCCGCCGGUGCUUCCGCCGGUGCUUCUUCAGGAAGUGCAUCAGCCUCUGGUAGUGCCUCAGCCUCAGGUGUUGUUACUACAACUCAAAGCACAACAGCAACUACUACAGCUAGUACCACUGCCUCUAUUGGAUCAACAACAGCUAGUACUUCGGCCUCAACGACCGCAACCACAACUGCUUCAACAUUCGGUAGAACAACAACUGCAACCACUACAGCUAGUACCACUGCUUCGACAGCCAGCACUACUGCAUCCACUACUCAAACAACCACCGCUUCUACAACUGCAACCAGUCCUUUGACGACAAUAGCCUCGACAACAGCAACAUCAACAGCAUCAACAACACAAACAACCACCGCUUCAACAACUCAAACAACCACAGCCACAACAACUGCAACAACCACCGCCUCUACAACUCAAACAACCACAGCCACAACAACACACACAUCAACCUUGAAACCAACAGCUAUUGCAACAAGCAAACCAACCGCUGCUUCAACUAGCAAGCCAACUGCUGCCUCCACUGCCAAGCCAACCUCUAAACCAACAACAACAGCUACCCCUGCACCAGUUGCAACAGGUACCACAGGACCAACUAGAUUGACAACAACGACAACAACAGCUAGUGGUGCUGCAGGAGGAGAUGGUACAACAGGUGACGGAUCAGGAUCAUCUCAAAUCAUGCCAUCAAUCAUCUUGAUUGUAUCAAUGGUCAUAAGUUCUAUCUUUAUCUUUUUUUAA